UUCUCUCUCCUUCUCUGGGUCUCCGUCUCUCUUUCUCUCUUCUGCACCCCUAUUACAUGUAGUAAAGUUCUAGGUCAUAGACUAGCUCGGUGGACUUAUUUCCUAUGCUUUCUCUGCAACGAAGAAAUUUUACCUAAUGUAAUUAUGUUUGCAAAAGACUGUUUGCUCCCUCUCUCUCUUUCUCUCUCUCUCUCUCUGUCAGUUCUUGUAGCCCUCUCUAUAUAAAGAAAUUGGAUUCCAAAUUUUGUUCCUAUAAAAGAGGUAAGGUUUCUCACCAAGGACAAAAUUUGGUAAAAGACCAAGUUUAGUCCAUGGCUGGUGGGUUUUGGCUUGGAGUUUUGGUUGGACUUGUUUUUCCUCUAUUAGGUCUAAUCUUGAAUCAUUUCUUGCCCAUGUUCUUGAAGCAUGGCGAUGGUUGCCAUGUCCCUAAAGGCUCAUUUGGCUGGCCAAUACUUGGUGAAACCCUUGGUUUUUUAAAGCCUCAUCCUUCUAAUUCUCUUGGAAAAUUUCUUCAAGACCACUGUUCUAGGUAUGGGAAAGUGUUCAAAUCCCAUUUAUUCUUCUCUCCAACGGUGGUGUCCUGUGACCAAGAGUUAAACUACUUCAUACUUCAAAAUGAAGGAAAGCUAUUUCAAUGCAGUUAUCCAAAGCCUAUCCAUGGCAUUCUUGGAGAUGUCUCAAUGCUUGUAGCUGUGGGUGACACUCAUAAGAGACUGAGAAAUGUAGCCCUUUCUCUUGUCACCAUUACUAAAUCAAAGCCUGAGUUUCUUAAUGAUAUAGAAAGAACUGCCAUUCAAAUACUUAACUCUUGGAAAGACAAACAGCAAGUAAUGUUUUGUGAAGAGGCUAGAAAGUUCACAUUCAAUGUAAUAGUAAAGCAAGUUUUAGGCCUAACACCAGAGCAGCCAGAAACUACAAGAAUUCUUGAAGAUUUUCUCACUUUUAUGAAGGGACUUAUUUCUCUCCCACUCUAUAUUCCUGGAACUCCAUAUGCUAGAGCUGUUCAGGCUAGAAGAAGGAUAUCAACUACUGUCAAAGCAAUUAUAGAGGAAAGAAGAAGAAGAAGAAAAAAAAGAAAUAAUGAAGAAGAAGAAGAAGAAGAAACUGAUGAUGAUGGUAGAUCAAAAAGGAGUAGUGAUUUUCUUGAGAUACUUCUAUAUGUUGAUACCUUAUCUGAAGAUGAAAAAGUUAGUUUUGUUUUAGAUUCUCUGUUGGGUGGAUAUGAAACCACCUCUCUCUUAAUGGCUAUGGUUGUCCAUUUUUUAGCUCAUUCACCCACAGCAUUACACCAACUAAAGCUGGAGCAUCAAAAAAUUAGAAGCAUGAAGGGCGAAGAUGAGUUUUUGAAUUGGGAUGAUUAUAAAAAUAUGGAAUUCACUCAAAAUGUCAUCAAUGAAGCACUGAGAUAUGGGAACAUCGUAAAAUUUGUGCACCGAAAGGCUCUCAAAGAUGUCAAAUUUAGAGGUCACCUAAUUCCAUCUGGCUGGAAGGUACUACCUGUAUUUACUGCAGUACAUUUAGAUUCAUCACUGCAUGGAAGUGCUCUCCAGUUUUAUCCUUGGAGAUGGGAGACUCAAGAUCAAACAUGCAAGAAAUUUACACCUUUUGGUGGUGGAUCUAGAUGCUGCCCAGGGUCUGAAUUAGCUAAAGUUGAGGUCUCAUUCUUCCUCCACCACCUUGUACAGAAUUUCAGAUGGAGAGGUGAAGAAGUUGAGCAACCCUUGGCCUAUCCAUAUGUAGAAUUUCAAAGAGGGUUAAUGCUACAUUUGGACCAUCUUUCAAGCCCAUUCUCCCAUUAGCCUUUUCUUUAAAUCAAACUCAAGGAAGAAUCAUCAACUUAUAGUGUUUAUAUUUGGGGUUCUGCUUUAUUUUAUUUUUUAAAAUUUUUUCAGGCUAUCUAUUUUGUUGAAAGAAGGGUUUGUUCUUCCUUAAUCAUCUAAAAAGGCCUUUCUUUUAGAUAUUACUAAAUAUUCAAUGGGUUGUAAUCUCUCAAACUUUUUCUACAACUUUUGGUAUAUAUAGUUAAAAUCCAUCUCUUCUACAA